GGGGUCUGCACAAGAGACGUACGCCCCCCCCCCUCCCCCCACGCGGCCCAGGUAGAGGAUCCUAGAAAGGCAGCCAGGGCACGCUGUGUAGUGACGCCAUUGCAUGUGUCAGGGAAAGCGGCAUGCACGCAUGUUGCAGGACUCGCGCAUCACGAGCUACGGGCGGGACGCUCGCCACGACGCACGAACAGCUAGAACAAGACACGCGGAUUGUGAGUCGGACGAAGACAGCCGAGACGCCAGCGAGCGACUCGCAGGAGCCAGCGACGUUACGUAGUGCUGUCGCAGACAGCAAACGACAGCAACCAGGAAGGGUCAGGGCACGUCGCAGCGGAUGUGGGCGCGGCGUGUGGCCGGUCCCCAGGGCAGGGCUGUGGGCCCACCGCAAAAGACGAUGCGCUUCACAGCGACCCGAUACGAUGCGAUGCGCUGUGACUUGGUCGGUGGGUUGAUGCCCUUCUCUGACUUCCUUGAGGCGCCUGUCCGCCUCCAAAGACAAAGAAAGCCUAGAGGCCCGACGACGCAACCACUUGGUUGCAGAAGC